AUGUCCAACCAGGGCUAUUACCGCGAACGCUACCAGCAAUCUAAUGACGGCCGCCGGCUUGAGACCGGCAUGACCCGGACAGCGUCUCCUGUAUAUCUCCAGUUACCGCAUGCACCCAAUAAUGCCAGACCCAGCAAACAUACUAUGCUCCAGUAUGCUUCCCUCGAGGAUGUCCCGUACCGUGAACAGUGGCUCCGUCAGCUUGAAGAACGCACGGCACAACAGGAGCAUAAUACCGCGCGGGGACAGCAGCGGCGGCGGCAGCAGCACAGAAACGGGAAUCCAUAUGAGCGAUUCCACUCACAACAAGGAACCGUUCAAGGACAACAACAUCAGUCUUUUACUCCCCAGAAUACCGAUCAGCCUCCAUUCGUGGCGGGAAAUGCUGCCAGUCUACAAUAUGCCUUCGAGCAGAAUGGACAGCAUCCCCAGUUCGCCGUCCCCAUGAGACGCCGGACCGACGUCUGUACACAGUCCCAUAUUACUAUUUUUCAUCGCUCAGGCUCCUGA